UUUGAAACCGAAAGUCAAGAGGUCGAUCCAACCCUUGAACUUGAAGAGAAUUAGUGUGUAACAAUGAGCUGGUAUGAAUUCAAGAAGACAGUCAAUAGGGCGGGAACCACGCUCAUGCAAAAGACUGGUCAAAUUGAGCGGACGGUCGAUCGAGACUUUUCAGAUGAAUCGGCCAAGUUCAAGACAUAUGAGAAAGAGACAAUUGCCUUGCAAAAAGAUAGCAAAGCCUUCCUUGAAGCGAUACGAGCAAUUGCAUCGUCACAGGUAAAAAUAUCGGAGACCAUCGAUGUGUUUUAUGGUGCUGCGGACCGAAUGUCCGAAGGCGCUAUGGCUGCGAAUGCGUAUCGACGAUCGACAGAGGAGCUAGAUGCAACCACGACAGGGCAGCUUGAUCAAGCUUUCCGGAACACUAUUCUUGAGCCCGUUGGGAGGAUGGCUUCUUAUUUCCCUAACAUCAAUUCCCUGAUAGAAAAGAGAAAUAAAAAGCUACUGGAUUAUGAUGCAGCACGAAGUAAACUGCGGAAGCUGGAGGGGAAGGUUGAUAACGACCCCACGAAGUUGCCACGGGCUGAGAAAGAGUACGAGGACGCGAAGGAAAUCUUUGAGACGAUCAAUGAACAGCUCGUUGCCGAACUCCCCCAAUUCUUAGACCUCCGGGUUCCAUACUUUGACCCCAGUUUUGAAGCAAUGAUUCGACUUCAAUGCAAAUUUGCAGAAGAAGGGUAUGAGAAACUAGGCGCAGUACAGCGAUAUUUCCCCGAUAACGUUCGGGACGACUAUGCUGCAGGGCAAUUGGACGCACAGGUAGAAAACGUACUUCAAGAAAUGAAAGAUUUAUCUAUUUGCAGUGCCAGUGGUUAGAGUGUGUUGACGCACGCGAUGACUUCGAACCAAAGACAGUAACAUUUGUCCUUGCUUAAUUCUACUUUGUACUUCCUGGCAUAUUUUUCGAGCCUGGUAAACCCGCUCUCAUGCAUUCUUUGAUCACCCUCUUCACAUUGGUGCUACUGUGCUCUGCACAGAGUCAUACACCCGUGGCAAUAUUACGCUUUUUUCGACGCUGAAAAUUUGUCAUCUCUUUCCCCUUUUGGUUUCUUUCUUUUCACUUUACAUAAUUUUUCUUACGUUUCAAGGUGUCAAUGUGCCCCUUGGUAUCGGUUCAGUUUGAUCAGUACCAUUGUAUCUGAAGGCCACCAUGUAUGACCUUCACUCGCUGCCGUGGCAUC